AUGAGCUAUUUCGGCCAAGAUCAGAAAGAAAAACGGCCUUCUAAUCACUUUAAACGCCACAAAAGCUUCUUGAGGGCGACAGAGGACAAUGCUUCCACACAUAGUGACCUGGGCGACCUGGAUAUCUCCUACUCCAGAAUCGAUAGCAUGAAAGCCCCCACAAGGAAGACUUCAGUGAUUCUGGCAGAGUCUGGGAAAAAAGUACAAGGGGUUUUCACUUAUGGCAUGGACGACUCAGGUGAUGUCACUCUUGAUGGAAUGGAGGUAGAAGAAGGAGAAUAUGAAGAGGAAGGUGACCCUUUGUUGGCUACUUACUCUCCUGAUCUGGACUCGGAGCCCUGGGUGGCACGCAAGGUGAAAGAAAUGUCGCAUUUCCAGCUUUCGAAGACACAGAAAGGCGUUUUGAAGUCGUCAAUUGCCUACUUCUUGGCAUCUUUGUCCGUCUAUUGCACCCCCAUAUCAAAUUUGUUGGGAAAGAUUGACUCUAAGCAUGUUGUGUGCACUGUAUGUGUCUAUUUUCAUGCCACUAGAACUAAGGGUUCCAUGAUUGAAUCUAUGGGAUUUGCCAUUCUUGGUGUGACAUUUGCAUUCUUAACAUCCAUUAUUUGCAUGACAGCCUCAACAUUCUACUUCGAUCAGGGGCAUAGAAUCCUCUCCAUUGCAAUAGAUUUACUGGUUAGCUCUAUUGCACUGGGAUUGAUUUCCUUCAUGAAACAAAGGGUAGACAAGCCCAACUUCAACGUCGCAUGUUCUCUUUCUGCCAUCUCACUGAUUUCUUGUAUCGUUAAAGAAGGAAGUUUAAACAGUGCGCAAGUUCCAGUUGAGAAGAUUAGAUACCUUCUGGCAAUAGUGUUUAUGGGAUCGUUUGUUUCGUGCAUUGUUUGUUUUCUUUUAUGGCCCACAAGUGCAAUAACUGAGCUGCGUACUUCAUUGAACGAAUGUUGCAACGAUAUGUCACAGCUAUUGCGAGUUUUGCCCAAUAAAUUUGUCACUAUCGAUUCCGUGGAUUCAGAAGAUGUCAACCAAUUAUAUUCUUCAUUGAACAACAAUAUGAAGAAAGUAUACAAGUCUCUCAAUGAAGCUAAGUAUGAGCUGUAUUUGAGGGGUAAGGAGAAAGAGUUUAAACAUUUUUCAGAAAUGGCUCAUUCCUUGGUCAAAAUGAGUGGCAGUUUGUCUGGUCUGAAGACGUCUGCUGAGAUGCAAUGGGCUUUAUUGCACGACGAAACUGAAGCUGCUACUUUUGUCAAUGAUGUGUCGCUCGAUGAAUUUAUGGGGAAGUCUUUGAGGAAAUCUAGAAUUGACGAGGAUCCAUUAGACGCAGAUCAUCAUUUUGUAGCAUUGAAUUCGGCAGAACUGUUCAAAGUGUUCAUCUUUUAUUUAGGUCCUUCCAUGAAAUCCUUUUCUUUCACUAUGAGACAGGUAUUGGAUGGAGUUCCGUUUGAGAAUAAACAAGUUCAAUUGGAAGUCACCAACACAGCUCCUUUUCAACAUAGUUUGAAGCUAGCUUCUGAUCUGUUCAACAGUAGACAUAUGAAAGCUUUAAACAGGCUUUAUGGCCAGAAAUUGUUUACCGAAGACGCUGAUGUUGAAAGCAAAAUCAAUCAAGAAGAGGUUGCUGCAAGUUGUGGUAAUUUUGCUGCAUUGUUAUCUGAUUUCUCCAAUGAAUUAAGUGGGUUCUUGUCCGUUCUAGAUGAGUACCGAAUUUUGGUAGACUCCAAGAGCUACGAGUUUCUGAAAUUCUGGAAACGUAACCCAAACAAUAGCUACCAAGCUUUUAGGAACAAUAAUCGUUCCAGGCCUACCGUCACAUUGAAUGACGCGCUAUUAAAGCUACAAAAUGUAAAAACAACGGAGAACAGUGUUCAAAGUGGAUCCUUGAGCUUCAACUUGUGGCGUCUGUUGCGGUUCUUUCAAAGGGUGGACGUUCAGUUUGGUUUCAAAGUGGGUAUUGGAGCAUUCUGCAUAUCUCUAUGGGCAUUCGUUGAAGAGACAAAGGCCAUAUUUUCAGAAUGGAAAGGUGAGUGGGUUUUGGUGACGUACUGUAUCAUCAUGAAUAAAUCGGUAGGAGGUACUGCAAUGACGAUUAAUUGGAGGUUCCUGGGCACAUUCUUAGGUGCAUUCAGCGCUUAUGCAGCGUGGUACAUUUUUGAAGGGGAAGUCUUUGGACUAGCUUUGGCUGGAUUUCUGAUAUCUGUUCCUUCCUUUUAUAUCAUACUUCAAUGGAAGACGAAUAACGCCUUUGGUCGGUUUAUUUUAUUGACUUACAACCUUACCGUUCUGUACUCGUACAGUUUAUCCAGAAAUGACUAUGAUUCUGGAGAGGGUGAUGAUGAAGAAGGUGGAACGAAUCCAAUAGUUUCCGAUAUUGCAAUGCACCGUUUCUUUGGUGUUUCUCUGGGAGUUGUUUGGGCACUGGUAAUCACCUUGCUUUUCUUUCCAAAUAGCGCCAGAAGUAGAUUGAGGAAAGGACUAUGCGUUCUUUGGUUAAGAAUGGGAAUAAUCUGGAAUAGUGAUCCUCUUAGUUACAAAUAUGAUGAGUUUACGCAGGAAAACAAGAUGGUUGGUAUUGCUGAUAGAAAAGCCAUUCGUCGUAUUAUUGCAGAACUUGAGGUUUGUUUGAAACAGGCUCCAAAAGAACUGAGACUGAAGGGUCCAUUCCCGCAAGAUAUUUACACCCGUCUCCUGAAGUCUACACAUAAAAUUAUGGAUGCAUUUGAGAAUAUGAACAGUAUCAUUGACGUGGAUCCAAUGAUCACUGAGAAUGAAAAAGAGGUGAUUACAUAUAUCCAGUCGGAGAGAUCUGAGCUAGAACAUCGCGUCUUUUUAAUCUUCUACAUGGUUGCUUCUGCAAUUCGAUUGGGCUUCCCGUUAGCCAGCAAGCCUGCAUCGACUGAACAUGCAAAGGAUAGAAUGCUAGCUAAGCUAAGUGAGAUCCGACAUCGCGUAGCCAAAGAUAAGGAAAACAGCAUGUAUUUGACGAACCAAGACUUUGUUUUGUUGUACUCUUACAUUCUGGUUACGUCCACCAUCACUGAAGAGCUGGACAAGAUUAUUGCAGAUGUCAUUGAUCUUUUCGGUAUAGUCACCGAAGAAACCUUUGACAUUUAA